AUGGAGCUAUCCAUGUCCCCACCUCAGAUCUAUAUAGAAAAGACUCUGGCCAUUAUCAAACCAGAUAUUGUUGACAAAGAGGAGGAGAUACAAGAUAUUAUUCUCAGAUCUGGAUUCACCAUUGUUCAGAGAAGAAAACUACAUCUCAGCCCUGAGCACUGUAGUAACUUUUAUGUGGAACAGUAUGGGAAAAUGUUUUUCCCCAAUUUAACAGCUUACAUGAGUUCUGGACCACUUGUUGCCAUGAUAUUAGCUAGACAUCAAGCCAUCUCUUACUGGAAAGAACUCUUGGGACCAAGUAAUAGCUUAGUAGCUAAGGAGACACAUCCAGACAGUCUAAGGGCAAUUUAUGGCACAGAUGAGCUAAGGAAUGCACUUCAUGGAAGUAAUGAUUUUGCUGCAGCUGAGAGAGAAAUUCGAUUCAUGUUUCCUGCAGUGAUCGUUGAGCCCAUUCCAAUUGGACAAGCUGCUAAGGACUAUUUAAAUUUAUAUGUAACGCCAGCUCUGCUUAAAGGACUCACAGAGCUUUGUAAGCAAAAACCGGCAGAUCCGUUUAUUUGGCUAGCUGAUUGGCUGCUGAAAAAUAAUCCCAACAAACCUAAACUUUGUCAUCACCCAAUUGCAGAAGAACCUUAUUAAAAUAAAGCCCUCAAGGAGCAAAUCAUGAGCUAUCUUACUGUAAAAGGCAUGCUUCUACUUCAGAAAAAAGUAACUCCUAAGGAUUUAAGUAACUACAUGUGAAAUAAAUUAUUUGUUAAAAAUAAAUUUUAAAAGAAUAACUAUUUUGUGGAGCAGGUAACAUUAUCUAAAAUA